CAGUAACCUGUGAAGAGAGCAGAAACAAGGAUUUACUGCAAACUGGGAUUUAUCUGAGGAGGCGUCUAAACCGUUUUGUCUCCUGUCUGCGAGGCUUUUUAUUUUACUUUUUUCUAUUCUUCAAACUUCUUCAGACUUAAAAAAAGAAGAAGUUCAUAUUUGUCACUAAGGAAGGCCAGUGGUCCACCUGCUGGAAGAAAAGACAGACCCUCAAUAUUAUAUUACCAGGCAAACCACCUGCCCUGAGGAGUCAAGGAGAGAAGGAAGGAAGAAAGGAAGGAAGGAGACGGAUCGUUGUCUAUUGUUGCCCUGUGCCUCCUACUGUAUACAGAUGUAUGCUGAGAAAGUUGUGACCGAGGGGAAGAUGGGGAACAGGGGGAUCUCUCUGACCUGUGUGUUGACCCCCUGCCGUGUGAUUGGGGUGUGUGUGACACUGAUGACCUUGGGAGCCAUCGGAGCUGCCGUCUGGGCCGUAGUUACGUAUUGCACAAUGGAGGAAGACACAGGACUGUAUGAUGUCCAGGUAAAUUCUGCUGACCAGCGUCUCAGAGUCUUUGACUCCGCCCAGAGGAGGUGGCGUCAGGUGUGUUCCUCCUCAGCCGAUGAGCUGCUAGCUAGCAUCAGCUGUGAAGAAGUGGGCUUCAUCAGCGUGGUGAACUACUCGGUCACGUCGGUGCCGGAGGCCAGCGGAGACGGUGGAGAGUUCUUCUGUGUCAGACAGCAAGAGCUCAGCCAUGGCAAGAAAAUCAAAGACUCAUUGUUCCCAUGUGACUGUGAGAGCAGAGAGGUCCUCACACUGUUGUGUCAAGACUGUGGCAGACGUAGUUUUGCAGCAGACCGUAUAGUUGGCGGCGUGGACGCGAGGCAGGGCAGCUGGCCUUGGCAGGUCAGACUGGAGUACGACGGAGUUCAUCAGUGCGGAGGAACCAUCAUCUCAAACCGAUGGAUUGUCUCAGCAGCUCACUGCUUCCGAGAGCGGUACCGCUUCGUCAAUCGCUGGCGUGUGCUGCUGGGCUCCACCUAUAGUAAACCAGUCAACGCCAACGUGGCGGAGGUGAACACCAUCGUCUACCACAGCAGCUACCUGCCCUUUGUAGACGCCAGCAUUGAUGACAACAGCAGGGACAUCGCUGUUCUGGCCCUCACACAACCUCUCACUUUCAACGAAUAUAUCCAGCCUAUCUGCCUGCCAGCGUACGGUCAAAGACUGAUAGACGGACAGAUGGGAACAGUGACCGGCUGGGGGAAUGUAGAUUACUAUGGUAUUCAGGCAGAUAUUCUCCAGGAAGCGCACGUCCCCAUCAUCAGCGACGCCGUCUGUAACGCUCCCGAUUACUAUGACAACCAGAUCACCACCAGUAUGUUCUGUGCUGGUUAUGAGAAAGGAGGCACCGAUGCCUGCCAGGGAGACAGCGGCGGUCCUUUUGUGGCAGAAGACUGCCUGUCUAAGACCAGGCGGUAUCGUCUGCUGGGGGUGGUGAGCUGGGGAAUAGGCUGUGCCAUGGCCAAGAAACCUGGCGUCUACACCAGAGUGUCCCGAUUUCUGCCCUGGAUAUCUACGGCCAUGAGGAACUAUCAGAACUCACCGGGGCUUCACAAAAUGGCCCGGACAUGAGAUUCCUGCCCCAAUUUUUUCCACUUUUUCUACUCUUGGAUGACAAUAUUAAAAGAUCUCGAAGAUGUCAAUGAAGGAGCAGUUGGACGGGGUGAUGAAAGGCUGUGAUGUUCCCCUCAUAUCACGGUUCCACAUUCUCCUUCUUACCUAAAAACUGUUUUUAUUGAGGAUUUAAUCUCUUCCUGAACCUUCCCACAUUGUUACAUGCUACUACUUAAAGGGGACCUAUUAAGCUUUUCCCUUUCCUUUAGUGUGUUAUAGAGUUUCUUUGUGCAUGUUAAAGGUCUGCAAAGUUACAAAGACCACACCAAAGAGAGUUACCGUCCCCGACAGAAACGCUGCUCCUGAACUGCCUGAAACCCCUCGCUUGAAGUCCAGCCUUUUUUCCCGUAACGUGGUGAUGUCACCAAGUAACACAUUUGCAUAACGGCUAGUUUGGCAAACCCUCAAACAAGGCUAGUUAAUGCGGGGUCCAAAGAGUUUGGUUCGUGUUUUUUGAACAUUAAAGCGUGUAAACACGUUCUAGUAGAAACCCAAAACACACGUAUGUACCUGAAAAUAAGCACAAUAGGUCCUUUUUAAUAGAUACCCAGAAUCUGCAGAGAUACACAAAUAAACAUGAAGUUUUAAACAGAUCAGUAAAGAACACUCUGUUAUUAUGAAGUUAAACAUUGAUAAAAGGGCAAAAGUGAAAUAAUAUUAGAAUCACUUAACUGGAUUUAAGCAACCAGUUUUGUGAAAUAUAAUGAGAUUAUUUUUAUGAGAUGACUUUUUUUCUCCUCUUGUACUUUUUAGCUGCAUACUACUGCGAUGUCCAGAAGUAAAGUUAGAAAUAACCACUGUAACUUGUGCGCUAAGCAGCAAUACAUUGAAUUGAGACUUGUAAAGGCUCAGGUUCACUCUAGAUGUGAAUACAAGGACUCAUACAAUAAGUUAACUUCCUCAUGUAGAGGUUUUGUCUUGUUCCUCAUGAGUCACUUUCUUCAGCGUGCACAGAGAGCCACAAAGAGUGCAGACUAUAAUAAAGAUCAGUACAGAUCUUGUGCAAACUCAACUCUUUUAGUACUUUUACAUUGUGCAACACUAAGACACAGACACACACACACACGCACACGCACACAGGGACAUACUUACACACACACACACACACACACACACACACAUACACAGACAAUUAGAGAUGUAAAAUGUCAGUAAUUUAUGAAUAUUGCUAAUGAGUAACUAAAACAUUCCCAGGUGAGCUUUAUUUUGUAAAAUCACAUCAAACCUUUCACAUCGUAAGGAUCUCAUUUCAUAAUUAAACUCUUACUUGUAUGAUAAAUGUCUUUUUUUAUGUGCAGUAGCCUGAAUUCUGUAUGAAAAAUAAUUAUUCAUUCAAGGUUUGUCUUUAUCAAAUUCCCACAUGAACUGGUGAAGAUACAUUGAAAUCAGUAUUGUAUUAAUGUCUUGUAAAUAUUAGUCUUGUUUAUGAGGAUGUUUAUUUGAGACGUGUUACAGAUGAUCUUAAAGCCAAGAGUGCAAUAACGUAACCUAAAUCAUGUCCACAGAAAAGAGUUCUUUUACUGCACCACAUAUUGAUCAGCAGAUUUGAAAUGAUGUCUCAUCAUAUCAACAGUCAGGAGUGUGUUUACUCCACCAUGGCUGAUGUAUAGUAUUAUAUACUAAAACUCCCCCUCAGCUCCUACAGUCGGAUUCAACAUCAAAACACAACACACAUCUUUUACAGGACUUUGACUUUACACAUUAAAAGAAACGUGCUUUACACAAAGCAAAUCAAUUUAAGUACAAAUGGAGAGAAUCCACACACUAGACUAAAUCUCUCAAGACUCUACUGGACUGUAAAAAGGAAGUGUUUCGACCCAAUCUGGGGCCAACAUGACAAACUUUAAGGUAAACGUAGGCACAGAAAUGACAGCACCCUGCUGAUGUCAAGAUACAUUAUCAAAAGUAUAAUGUAUAAUUCUACUACUGUAGAUAUCACUGAAUCUGCGCCCUGCACCUGGCCUAAAGAAAGAAUUGGAUGUGAACACAACUGCAAAUACAUUUGAACCCUCUCUGGCACUGAUUUAACAAAACAGAAUGUGAUUUAAUUUGCAUCAAUAAAGUCCCUUUGAAAUGAUGUUAAUGUACAUUUAUGGCAAUUAUUAUGUGUGCAAGAGAAAUAAAUAAAUAAAUACUGUAAAUGGAAA